UUUGAGCCCCCACAAUACAUCCACCCAUCCUCUUAAAGAAUGCUUUAAUCUUUGUGAAAACUCCUUAAUCCCAUUCCCUCUAAAAAGACAGACAGUAAACAAUGGACUUAACCCCAAUUGAUGCAAGCACCACCCACACCCAAACCCAAACCCAAACCAUAGAACACACAAACUCACAACAAACACAAACCCCACCACCACCAACAACGAACGGUUCCCUCAAACGCCACCACCCGCUCCCGGCCACCGCUAUUGCCGCCGCACCACCACUCUCCAUGGUAAUUUCCUACAAGGAGUGCCUCAAGAACCAUGCAGCCACCAUCGGCGGCCACGCCCUCGACGGCUGCGGCGAGUUCAUGCCCUCCUCCUCCUCCAACCCCUCUGAGCCACGCUCCCUCACUUGCGCCGCAUGUGGCUGCCACCGCAACUUCCACCGCCGCGACCCAGAAUCCCUCCUCCCCCACCACCACCACCACCCCCCAAACUUCCUCAGCUUCUACCACCACUCAUCAUCGCCGCCUCUCCCCCAGCGUGGUGGACUCAGCCUCAGCACAAGCCCAAGCACUACAAGCCCAAGCCCAAGCCCAUCAGCAAGUCCAAUUUCAAGCCCAUCAUCACCACCACCCGCCCCACUCUCUCACCACUUUCCUCCUCCUCCUCCGUACUCCUCCUUCCACCACCAUCACAUGAAUAAUAAUUCUCCAUCUACCGUUGUUGUUCCCAACAUGCUCUUAUCCCUUGGAAAUGCCGCAUGCUCUUCCGGUUCUGGAUUCAACCACCAGAAAGACUUGAACAGCUCGAAGAAGAGGCAUAGGACCAAGUUCAGCAAGGAACAGAAGGAGAAGAUGCUGAGAUUCUCAGAGAAGCUUGGUUGGAGAAUGCAGAGAGAUGAAGAUGGUUUGAUUCAAGAGUUUUGCAACCAAAUUGGGGUUUCUAGAGGGGUCUUCAAGGUUUGGAUGCACAACAACAAGAACACCUUCUUCAGAAACAGGAACAACAACAACAACGAUAAUGCUUCUGCUGCUGAAAAGAAUGGGAGUCUUAAUGGUGUUCAUAACGGUAACCAUAUCGAUAACGAUAAUGAUGAUGAUCAUAAUAAUAAUGAUAAUGGAAAUGGUAAUCAACACAGCAACAACACUAGUAGCAGCAACGAUGACAUUCAGAGAGAUUAUUAAUUAAGGUAUAAUAAUUAUUAUCUGUUGAUUUAAUUUUCUCUGUCAAAUUAAAGUUAACUACCAUUUAUGUCUUUAUUUAAUCUUUGAUAAUAAGGAUAUAAUAGAAAUAGGAUAGGGAUUAAGCGAUAAUUUCUCUUUUGUUUAGUCAUUUGAAUCUUUUUUAUUUUUUAUAGUUCGUAUGUUGAAGAUCAUCGGCUGAGGCCGUAUAAAGGUCUGGUUUUUUUCUCUUUUCUGUUUUUGGCUAAUUUUGUUCAUAGAGUCUGGAAUUUAGGAAAAUCGUAUUAUAAUUUGAACGCCAAAUUAUUAUAGUCCGAUAAUAAUAAUACUACUUUAUCAUUAUUGAA